UGACUAAGAUGUAAUGUAAUUAAUCUUUGAAACCCAAAUUAUACGUAUAAUCCUCCGCUCAACAGGAUCUGUGAACUUUGCUUCCUUCUUCAUCUUCCUGGGCAUUGAAUUCAUGACGCAGAUUUGAAUAAAACAGAAACUCACUCAAAAACGAACCAUAAACAAUAAAAACUCCGAGUUUGCAACAAUGGCGGAUCCGAAGAACGAAGGUUUCCUCACCUACGCUUAUCUUCUUCUCUACAUUGCUCUCUCCAGCGGUCAAAUCUUCUUCAACAAAUGGGUUUUGUCCUCUAAGGAAAUUAACUUUCCAUAUCCUUUGGCGUUGACUCUACUUCACAUGGUCUUCUCCUCUGUUGUUUGUUUUGUAUUAACCAAAGUUUUAAAGGUUUUGAAGGUUGAAGAGGGAAUGACUUCUGAAAUAUAUGCUACUUCAGUUGUGCCGAUUGGGGCCAUGUUUGCAAUGACUCUUUGGCUUGGAAAUACUGCCUACCUGUAUAUUUCCGUUGCAUUUGCACAAAUGCUGAAGGCAAUUAUGCCUGUGGCUGUUUUUGUGCUUGGAGUAGCUGUAGGACUUGAGGUGAUGAGCUGCAAAAUGCUUUUGAUCAUGUCAUUGAUUAGUUUUGGUGUUCUAGUAGCUUCAUAUGGUGAGAUAAAUAUAAACUGGGUUGGAGUAGUUUACCAAAUGGGAGGUGUUGUUGGUGAAGCGCUAAGACUUAUCUUCAUGGAAAUUUUUGUUAAGAGAAAAGGUCUUAAGUUGAAUCCUAUAUCUGUGAUGUAUUAUGUUAGUCCCUGCAGUGCACUCUGCUUAUUCCUUCCAUGGAUAUUUUUAGAGAGAUCAAAGAUGGACGACCAUGGAACAUGGAACUUCCCACCUGUUUUGCUUAUCCUCAAUUGCCUUUGUACAUUUGCUUUAAACUUGUCAGUUUUCCUUGUGAUUACACAUACGAGUGCUUUAACCAUACGUGUUGCUGGAGUUGUUAAGGAUUGGGUGGUUGUUUUACUGUCUGCUGCUCUGUUUGCUGACACAAAGUUAACAACCAUCAAUUUGUUUGGCUAUGGAAUUGCCAUUGCAGGUGUAGCAGCAUAUAAUAAUUUCAAAUUGAAAAAGGAAGCUUCUCGAGACCCAUCAAAUGCUCUCGUGGCUGAUGAACCUACCCAAAAGCAGGAGUCUGGGCCUUUAAUAAGUAGAUAGUAGCAGUCUGAAUUACUCAAUUUGUUCAUGCCCUAUGGGAACAUAUAGUAGAUAGCAAGACAGUUCUCAGUUCUCAGAUAGUGUAACAAGAAGGUAUCAAAUGUUCAUGUAGUGGAUACAUAUAUAAACAAGCGUUACGGAGUUUCUACAUUCUUAUAAACCAUUUCAGUCGAGAAAGUAAUGUGCUGAAUCAAGUGUAAUAUGUGUAGAUGUAAUACACAAACUUUAUCCUUUCAAAUACAGGUGUUGAGCCACGACAUUUGAAUUUUGAGGACUCUGAAGUUAUCCCAGUGAUAUUUUUUUUGAAGCUA